CCGUUAUACAGCGUGUGUCUUCGGCGUCGGUUACAGUUGACAACGACCUCGUAUCUAAAAUAUCUCGAGGUUUGAUGGUCUUCAUCGGUAUAGGCUCAGAUGAUACUACCUCCGACGUCUCUUCCACGAUUAAAAAAAUUCUGUCGUUACGCGUGUUUUCAGAUCCGACAGAUCCCAACAGGAUGUGGAAGGCCAGCGUGAAAGAUAUACAAGGGGAAAUUCUAUGUGUUUCGCAGUUUACUUUGCUGGCAAAUACUACCAAAGAUAAACCAGAUUUCCACCUUGCGAUGUCUACAGAUCCCGCCCGCGGAUUGUACGGUACCUUUUUGGAUAUGCUCCGGGACGCGUAUGUCCCAGAAAGAGUCAAAGAUGGGAAAUUUGGGGCGAUGAUGAACGUCAGCCUGACAAACGACGGCCCUGUCACGUUCACCAUCGAUUCACGGAGAUACCAGUACGUCGGCGACUCUAGUGGGAAUGCCAGUGCGAAUGCGAAGGGAGGGGCGAAAUCGAAGAAGGGUGCCGCCCCUUCGUCUCUUAUAGAGUCGUCAUAAGAAUUCCAAUUGGCAAACCUUGUAAAGAUACAUACCCGAAGCCGCAGAGGAAUUAGAAGCUGAUUCAUACCGUGUCCAGGUUAUGCUGGGUUCGGAUUAGAUGGCGCUAACCAGCUGUAGUCAGCGACCUACAAUGUGACAAAUUUGAGGAUGGU